AUGGUAGUGGCCAAUAAAUAUGUUGUUGUGACUCCAUUUGUAGGAACACCCAAAAAAACAGACUUCAGAAUUGUAGAGGAAGAACUACCGGCACUUCAAGAUCGUGAGUUUUUAGCAGAAGCGGCGUACUUCAGCGUAGACCCAUAUCAACGAGUGAAACUCGGUAACCAAUACCCUUGUGAUAUGAUUGGAGGGCAAAUUGCCAUAGUAACAGAAAGCAAAAAUCCAGAUUACCCAGUUGGAGUAUGGGUUAUGGGACACUUUGGUUGGCGAACUCACACUAUCGUUAAACCAGAUGAAGAUAAGCUUCACUCACAGAGACCAUACUUAUACAAAUUGCCCGAUUUCGGAGAUUUGCCUGUGACGUUGGGAUUAGGAGUUUGUGGGAGAGUUGGGAACACUGCUUAUUUCGGUUUAACUGAAAUAUGUCAGCCUAAAAUUGGAGACACAGUCGUUGUGUCAGCAGCGGCAGGGGCUGUUGGCUCUCACGUAGGACAAAUCGCUAAAAUUUUGGGUUGCCGAGUCAUUGGCUUCGCAAGUACAGAGGAGAAAUGCGAAUGGCUGGUAAAUGAACUCGGUUUCGAUAGUGCGGGCAACUAUAAAACUAUCGACAUCGCAGAAUUCCUGAAGAAAAAUGCCCCUAAUGGUGUAGAUUGCUAUUUCGACAAUGUUGGAGGUGUAAUCAGCAGUAUUGUUAUGUCCCAUAUGAAUCAUUACGGUAAAAUUGCAGUUUGUGGCGCCAUUUCUAGCUACAACGAAACAGAUGUUGGUACUAGCAAAGCUUUAAUAGUUGAACGGUACAUUGUCGCAAAGGAAUUAAAAGUGGAAGGGUUCCAAGUAAAUAGAUUUGCUGAUCGCUCUAUGGAAGGUAUAAGGCAAAACCUGCAAUGGGUCAAAGAAGGCAAAUUGAAAUAUCGAGAACAUAUUUUCAACGGUUUUGAUAAUGCACCUGAAGCCUUCAUCGGACUUUUCAAUGGCGUCAACAUUGGAAAAACACUUGUGAAAAUAUAAUUUUACAUGUAAUUCACACAAAGCAAUGCAUAUGCAUUAAGGGUGUGGCCAGACGAGUGUAAUCUUUUGAGUGGCGAAUCGCGUUUCUUAAGUCGCUUAAUAUACCGGGUUUUUCAAAAGAGACAUAACAAUUUUGUAUUGCAAUAAAACAUGGCAUAAUUUUGAUAUUGAGUUGAAAUUUACUCCAGGUACAAUACACAUGUCACAUUUAAGAAUGGAAUUCGAUUUCAUUCGUAUGACCACCGCGAACACGUUUGCAGUGGUUACACAGCUGGUCAAACUAUAUUAUCGAAGAAGAAGUUCGAGAACAGUGUAAUCUCGCGAGAGGUCCGGUCGAAUGGUCAACUCGCUCAUGCGAUCUAACGCAGUUGGAUUAUUUCAUCGAGUAUAUAACCAAAAAUAGAGAAGAAAUGUUUUUUUUAAAAAAAACUAUUCUG